AGGAAACGCCACAUAACUAAUUCGAUUGAUUUGAUGCUACAGAAUGUAAACAUUGGUUCUUCUCUCCUCAGAUGGAUCUCCGUAUUUGCUUGACUUUGCUGUUCUGUCUGAGCUCUGGACUCUACACCCAGGUUCAGGCAGAAUCAGACGGGCGCAGAGCUGCUCCUCCUAGAUCCUCCAUAAAGAGAGUGAUCACCUGUGAUGACAGCAGCAAUGUUCAUCGCCUGAGCUGCGAAAGCGGAGUGAUCCAUCUGCUGUCGGUUCUGUACGGACGCGCUGACACUACGACCUGCGGUGAAAACAAACCCAGACAGCAGCUCUCUGGACAAACUCCUGCAAAGUCAGCUGAUCUGCUCUCUCUCCUCUUUUCUAGAUGUGAAGGGAGGAAGGUUUGUGAAGUGAAUGCCGCCUUCUUUCGUACUUCUGAUCCGUGUGUUGGUAUCUACAAAUAUGUGGACACCCACUAUGUUUGCAACCCUGCAGUCCACACCGUGACCUGUGAAGACUCGGUGGCAGACCUUCAGUGCGAUUUUGGACAGGUCAUCUCUGUGAUUGGGGCUUUUUAUGGACGCAGCGACCCGACCACAUGCUCCUUUCAGCGUCCUUCCUCUCAGCUGCAGAAAACCGACUGUUUGAGGCCCUCAUCCGAGGUCUCUGCCAGGUGUGACGGCAAACACAGCUGCUCCAUCAAAGCAUCAAACUCUGUUUUUAAAGAUCCUUGUUAUGGAACCUACAAAUACCUGGAGGUAUCCUAUAGCUGUGUGUAUCCUUCAUAUGGAUGAGACGCUCCAAGUCAAGAAGAGAUUCAAGACAAACUUUUUCCAUC